AUGGGUCUCAUCGCAAAGAUUGAAGAGAAGCUCACUUCUAACAAGUCCAGCGAGACGAACAACCAAGAAGUGCCAGCUCACAACGGAGACUCUGCGCAUCCUAGCCAUACCUCAGACAACCACACUCACAACGUCACUUCCACUGGCACCGCAAAUGCAUCUUCCGUUGGAGGUCUGAGCGGUUCAGGAUCCCACCUGACAAACCACACAAGCGAUCCAUCCGAUCUCUCAAAAAUUCAUCCUGCCAGACGAAAUGAAAACAACACCCAAGUCAAUGACUUUGGCGCCCCCCAAAAUGGUGCUUCUACUGGACACCAUGGUCUUACCGGGUCUCAGACCUCGCCUCUCUCUUCAGGUGUAGGCAACAUGCACAAUGGCUCCGGAACUGCCGCACAUAUUCCUGGCAGCGGACAUAUUCCCGGCAGUGCAUCUGGAAUGAAUGGCCACGCACAACAUACUGGCAUUCCUGGAAUCAGCACUCACGGGUCUCACAAUCCCGCAACAUCUGGCCACACACCAUCCACUGGCAUUCCUGGAACCAGUACCCAUGGCUCUCACAAUCCCGCAACGUCCUUUGGAUCAUCUGGCAUUGAUGGUGUGAACCACUCGCAGCUCGGUUCUGGAGCGGGCAACACGCAUCACAUCCCUGGAUCUGACAUCGGCUCUCAUCAUGCGAGCAACUCGCAUAUCUUGGCUGGUAACAGCGCUUCGCACGGCAUCACUGGUAGCAACAGCAACACUAUGCCUCACGGCUCAUCCGGUCUGGUUGGCAGUCACGAUGCCAUUCAUUCUGGCACCUCUCACGGGCUCACCGGCGGUAAGACAUCACACGUCGGUGGAAACGAUGGCAUGGAUUCCGGCAACUCGCAUGGUCUUGUGGACGGCACCAACUCGCAUAACCUAGCUAGCGGCAACUCUUCACACGGAGUGGUCGGCGGCAGCAACAACGUCCAUUUUCAUGGAUUAGGAGAUAGCAGACAUAACAGUGUCGUAGAGCCCAACACGCAUCAUGCGAGCACUCAGGAGUCUGGCGUGCAUGCUCACAACACACCUCUCCACAAUGACACGGUUAACGAACACGGUCACAAGUCUCACAAGAGUGGAGGGCUGAACCCGAACAAGGAGAACUACGAGGCCAUCCCUGAGGCUGGCGGCCUCAAAGUUGGCGCGGGCCCGUUCGAACACGAUAGAUCCUACGACCCUACCGCCACAACGCACAUUGCUACAGAGCACUCGGCGACUCAAUCUCAUGCUCAGGUUCCUCACACUACUGGCCGGCUUGGUGGUUCCCAUGCACAGCCAUUGGCUUCUGGCCAUUCACACGGUCACAGCAACACCGCUACAGACCACUCCACCGUUCCUACUCACGGCCAGACCACUCACUCCACUGGUCAGCUCGGUGGUAUGAACACACAGCCACACAGCGGGCACGGUAUUCAUCAGAGCAACCACACUGGCGGCUUGCCAGUCAAUCAGCCACAUCACAGCUCCACUACUGGAACGCAUAUGACAGAGAGCAGCCACAAUGGAGGUAUCCUCAGCGGCCAGAACACCCAGAACGUUCCAGGUACCACCGGAAGCCACGGAGUGUCAACAGGGUACAAUCAGUCAAUGGCCCAGCAUCAAGUCGAUCAGAUGAUGAGGUAA